CUUCGCGUACAGGACUUGGAUCUGACGACACUCACAUCCCUUGCUCGUAUGAGGUUCUACUGUUCGUAGCGACAGGGAGGUUCCACCACUUUAUAUAUCGCUUGAAGAAUGACAUUCGGUAAGAGUUGUCCUCAGCUUUGUGCCGACAUGGUCGUUCCGACAUUGAUGAUCUCCACUGCUUUUCUCACUUUGAUUCAGUGAAUCCAAAUCGUCUUUGUUGUGCUUCCCAGUUGUUCACGAGCCGGUGAAUCACAAUUCCUAGUCGUGUCAACAAUUUGACUAAAAAUGAUAUCUUCAUCAGCUUAUCAGCUUCUUCUUCUUGUUCUCCUAUAUUAAGAGUAUGUACUGAUUCUACUAGAAAAUACUUGACGAGCCCUAUCUAUUAGAAAAUCUACCUGGAUCAAUAAUUUUCUGAUGAUUUCCUCAGCAUCGACAGAGGUGGAAGAGUGCGUUGAUGUUCAAUAUGUAUCACCUGUAGUUGUAAAGCAUCUGCUAAGUUUUAUGCUAGAAGUGUUUAACGUUCACCAUCAAAAACAUGACUGAUGAAGUAAGUAAGCAACGUACAAAACGACUUGCUUGACGUUGACUCCUGAGAUCAAUGACUUUCAUUCGAUUAAUUUCGAUUAUUUCGCACAUCUAAUAUUGAUGAUUUCUUAGUCUCCGUCCAUCAUUGACGAUCAAACAAGAUGGCGGAAGAGCAUGCUAAAUGGAAGCGGUUUGAAUACCGCACUAACAGUAACCUGGUCCUUCAGCGUGAAGGCGCUGCUCCUAGUGCAAAUGAGCCUACAGGAGAACCAGAGUCUCUGCGACACUUUAACUUGCAUCGGAUGGGGGACUUGGCGAGACCUGUGAAGGAAGAAUUAGCCAAACUCAAAGAGAAGACAACCACACAAGCAGCCAAGCGCAUGCGUGGAGCUGGCGAGGGGGUGAUCACCGAUACACUGGGUGCGAGGGAAAGGAGGGAAAAGAAAAAACAAAAACUGGAUGUAAAAAAGUUAUGAAAUGAGAAAAUGAAGGUUGAAUAAUGAAAAUAGCAAGAAGAAUCGAAUCAUCAUACCUAGUCUGACAGCAAUUAUUUAGCCUCGAUUCGUAGUAGAGGAUGGUAAAAAUCUAGUUGUUCAUUCAUUCUCUGUAUAAUUAGUUGUAGAAUUUCAACACCUUGGAUUUAACCGUCUACAACUAGCUGCUUCACUUCUGCAAGAAUGUGUUCACUCUUCUAAUCCCCGGGCAAACUGUUCUCGACGCCGAUGUAAGUGAGGUAAUGCCUUACAAGCCCAGCACACAGCAGACCCGCGUUGUUUAUGAGGAGCUGUUAGCUGUUCUAGGCUCUGUUCUCGGCGAUCAGUCACCCGAAGUCCUCCAGGGCGGCGCAGAUGAGGUCCUUGCAGCGAUCAAAGCCGACAAUUGCCUAGAUGCGCAGAGGAAACGCAAUGUAGAAGAAGUACUCGGUGUUAUUACGGAACAGUUUUUUGCCGAGCUGUAUCGAUUGGCGAAGCAAAUUACGGACUAUGGCGCAGACGAAAAGGGAGAUGGCGAAAAGGGCGAUGCCCUGGGCGCGGAUGACGCGACGGGAGUGGCUGUUGUGUUUGAGGAGGAAGAGAGUGAUGGGGAAGACAAAUAUGUUGCAGAAAUCUCAGACUCGGACGAAGAUAGCGAAAACAGCGAUGACAACACGAACUUGUUGCAGAAUGAGGAUAGAGGUAGUAGAGCUUCGUUCUUGUUCUUGUUCUUGACGACACUUCAGGGGAAAAUAAAUAUACACGAUUUAUCUUCUAGAAGAUGAAGUGGAUUUUUUUUCUCUUUCUCCGUCGAACUGAACAAUCUUCUCAGCUUUUUUUAGCCCCAACUGCCCUUUGUUCAAAUCGCCACUCCUACCAGGUAUCAAAGUCGCCGACGACGACGAGCAGGAUGAAGAGGAAGAGGAUAAAGAGGCUCUACACGUCUCCCAGAUUGAUGCUCACUGGCUGCAGCGUGAAAUCAACAGUUUUUCCAAUGAUCACGCUAAGGCUGUGGAGUUAGAGAAGAAAAUCUUGAAAGUUUUGGCGAUUUCCGACUUGCAAAUCCUGGAAAACGAGUUGGUGAAGCUUUUGGAGUUCCAAAACUUCGAUUUUCUCCAGAAACUCGUCAAAAAUCGAAGCAAGAUUCUGUACUAUUAAAUGCCUCUUUUUGUUGAUGAAGCAGAUGAUGGCUCGUUAUGAGUAGUCCCGCCAUGCUGUACUAUGAAUCACCAUUCCUUCUAAAGGACUCGUUUCACCUACCUUGUUGUAACCGCUGCUCUCCUUACCUUCAGGUACAUCACCCGUUUGAAGCAAGCGCAAACGGAGGAGGAACAGCAAUCGAUCCUCGAAGACAUGCGAGGGUCCACGGAGGGCAUGAGCGUUUUGGCCGAACUCGACAAGUCCAAGGCGAAGCGAGAUAAGGAGCGUGAUGAGGUCGCAAGACUUCGUCAGGAAGCUAGAGCCCUGAUGAAGCAAAAGAAGGGAGAUGGCGAGGCUGCUGGGGGUUUUCUGGAGGACCUGGGAACUGGCGGCCAGGACAAACCAGGCGCAACAACUGACGCAGCUAAGAAACUGCAACCUUCUCGUGUCAUCGAUCUGGAACACGUAGCGUUUGCGAAAGGUGGCCACACAAUGACCAACGCAAAGUGCAACUUGACAGAAGGUGCUACGCGAAUCCAAGCCAAGUCGUGGGAGGAGGUGCAUAUUCCUGCGCCCCCAGCACCCGAACACGGUGAUAUAGACCUGAUUUCCAUCCAAGAACUUCCGAAAAUCGCACAUCCUGCGUUUAAGAAUGACAAGAACGAAUGGAUCGUUCAGAGGCUGAAUCCUGUGCAGAGCAAGGUCUAUCCAGUAGCGUUUAAGGAGUUUCACGAGAACAUGCUGAUUUGCGCUCCAACAGGUGCGGGUAAGACGAAUAUCGCUUUGUUGGCGAUUCUGAACGUGUUGAUGGCCAACGUGAGGAAGACAGAGGAAGGAGAGGCUGUAGUGGAAAGUGACAAGUUCAAGAUCGUCUACAUCGCGCCGAUGAAAGCUCUUGUGCAGCAAUUGGUCGGUUUCUUCGCACAGCGAUUCGAACGAUACGGCCUGUCGGUAGGCGAAUUGUCAGGGGAUAGCAGCUUGAGCAAAGAGCAGAUCGCACGGACGCAGAUUUUGGUGACUACGCCAGAAAAAUGGGACAUCAUCACGAGAAAGUCUGGUGAUGCGAGAGCAAAUAUGCAUCUGGUCCGUCUUCUGAUCAUCGAUGAGGUCCACCUGCUCCACGACACGCGAGGGCCGGUCUUAGAAGCUAUUGUGGCACGCACCUUGCGCCAAAUCGAACGAACACAGGAACCGAUCCGCUUGGUGGCUCUAUCUGCCACACUUCCGAAUUACACAGAUGUAGCGGCCUUUUUGCGAGUAUCGGAACGCGGUUUGUUCAAGUUCGACAACCGAUACAGACCUUGUCCCCUUGAACAAACGUUUAUCGGGGUUACGGACAAGAAGGCAGUACGAAGAUUGAACACCAUGAACGAAGUUUGCUUCGAAAAGGUACUCUUGAGUUUUACGACGUAACGAUCAUAUGCUUUGGUAGAUGAACCCUAAAGUUCACUAGACAUAACAAUUUGCUUUAGCAGUAUCGCCUAGUAUAGAAGUACAGCAUCUCGUUCGUGAAAAUCCCAAGGGCAACAUCUUCAAGCUUUACGUUUAUUUAUCAACGCCAGGUCGUCCACAAUGCGGGCAAGCAUCAGAUGUUGAUUUUUGUGCAUUCUCGAAAGGAGACUGGCCGUACCGCUAAGACCUUGAGGGAGAUGGCUAUGGAGCGCGAUGUUGUCCCGCGAUUUUUGGCUGGAAACCCUGCCGCCAAAGAGAUUCUGGCAGAAGAGGCUAAAGCAGCGCAGAAUGCCGAACUUCGAGAACUCUUGCCCUAUGGAUUCGCGAUCCAUCAUGCAGGUUUGAGCAAGGAGGAUCGUCUUUUAGUCGAAGAGUUGUUCUCCGAUAAGCACAUUCAGGUUCUGUGCUGUACCUCGACGCUCGCCUGGGGUGUCAACUUGCCAGCGCAUACCGUGAUUAUCAAAGGCACCCAAGUCUACAAGGCUGAGGAAGGAAAGUGGGACGAAUUGGGAUGCUUGGACAUGCUGCAGAUGAUGGGUCGUGCAGGUCGACCUGGCUAUGAGAAGCAAGGGCACGGCAUCAUCAUCACGCAACACUCUGAACUGCAAUACUAUCUGUCCCUGAUGAACAUGCAACUGCCGAUUGAGUCCCAGAUGGUGCAAGAUUUGCCAGACAAGCUCAUCGGAGAACUAGUGUUGGGAACAGUGCAAAACCGACAAGAUGCAGUCACUUGGUUAGGAUACACAUAUCUCUUCGUGCGGAUGCAAAAGAAUCCACAAUUGUACUCGGUACAGGACACAGGGAGCAAUGAAGAAGCAGACCCGACGUUGCUGCAGGCGAGGUAACAUGUAGUAUGAAAAAGAUCUCUCUUGAUGGAUGUAGUAUAAAAAAGAUUCUCUCUCGAGGUAACAUGUAGUACUAUUUACUCUCUUGAUUUUUUGCAAUGCUUAAAGCAGCUUUUCUAGUAAUAUAAAAAAAAAUACAUGUGGAAAUUAAGUAGAUUCUUCCAAAACACUAUAUAUAAUAAAAUGAAAACUACUAAAUAAAAAAAUCUUUGAUCCGUCUUUUUACUCCUACUACCACACUCACCUCACACCAAUCUGCAUCUGACACCACUUUCCGCCUGAACCCCUGAAACCUCCAGGUGUGAUCUCGUACACGCUGCUUUGUCUCUGCUCAACAAGCACAACUUGAUUCGCUACGACCGCCGUACUGGUCACAUCCAAGUCACUGCUAUGGGUCGCGUCGCUUCCCACUACUACAUCAAACAUCCUAGCAUUGCGGUCUACAAUGAGAACCUUCGACCUAAUAUGAACGAUAUCGAAUUGCUGCGAUUGUUUUCUCUGUCCUUCGAGUUCAAGAACAUCCCGGUUCGCGACGACGAAAAGGUGGAGCUGGCGAAGCUACUGGAGAAGGUUCCGAUUCCGGUCAAGGGCAGUGCAGACGAGUACACAGCUAAAGUCAAUGUUUUGCUCCAAGCGUACAUCUCAAAGAUGAAAUUGGAGGGUUUUGCGAUGGCUGCAGAUAUGGUCUACAUCGAGCAAUCGGCUGGGCGUAUCAUGCGUGCUUUGUUUGAAAUGGCACUGCGUAAAGGAUGGGCGAGCUUGGCUUUGCGCUGUCUAAAAUGGUGCAAGAUGAUCGAAAAGCGCAUGUGGAGCUGUCAGACACCACUGAGGCACUUCAAGGAACAUCACAAAGGCUUAGCUGAAGAUAUCCUGAGGCGAAUGGAGAAGCGUGACUUGGCGUGGGACAAGUACUACGAGUUAUCUCCCAGUGAUUUGGCUACGUUGACGAAGUUGCCACCAAAAUUCGGCAAAGUCCUGCAUAAGGCUAUCCAUCAGUUCCCGAAGGUGGACUUGUUCGCCUAUGUGCAGCCCAAAACGCGAAGCUGCCUCAUGGUGGAACUCACUCUGACGCCGGAUUUCCAGUGGGAGCCGAAGAUUCACGGUAGUGGUGAAGUGUUUUGGGUGAUAGUGGAGGAUGUGAAUGGCGAACACAUAUUGCACUAUGAGCAGUUUUUGUUGAAGCAGAACGAGGUGGAUCAAGAGCACACGUUGACGUUCACCGUGCCAAUCACGGAACCGAAACCGCCACAGUAUUUUUUGCGAUUGGUCAGUGAUCGUUGGCUCAACAGUGAAACUUUGCUGGCAGUUUCAUUCCGCAACUUGAUCCUACCAGAAAAGAGUCCAGCACACACUGAAUUGCUAGAUCUGCAGCCAUUGCCGGUGUCUGCUUUGCGUUACAAGGACGCUGCAGAGUUGUUUUACAAGGACUCUCCGACUUUCAACCCGAUCCAGACCCAGACUUUCUCGUGUUUGUACUCGAGCAACGACAACGCCUUGAUCUGCGCACCUGCUGCGGCAGGUAAGGACGUGUGUAUGGAGUUCACGAUCCUGCGCAUGUUGCAGAACGGCAGUGACCAUCCUCGUUGUGUCUACCUCGCACCCUACGAGCGCAUGAUUGAGGAGCGCUUCAACACUUGGGCUCCCAAGUUCAGUCAACUGGGUGUCGCCGUGGCGAAGCUGACUGGUGAAGUAGCAGCUGACUUGAGAAUCAUCCAGAACAGCAACUUGGUCAUUACAACUCCGGAGAAAUUCGACAUGGUUUCUCGACGACACAAAGCCAAGAAAGGCCAAGUCAUCCAAGAGUUGGACUUGCUGUUGUGUGACGAACUACACCUUCUUGAGGAUCCCGAAGCUGGUCCAAUCUACGAAGCUGUUGUUUCCAGGAUGCGCUUCGUGACCAUGCAGACAGGCGGAUCCUUGCGAAUUGUAGGCUUUGCAGCCUCAUUAGCGAAUGCGAAAGAUGUCACAGAAUGGAUUGGCGCUUCGUUCGCCACCAUGUAUAACUUUUCGCCUAGUGUGCGAUCUGUACCGCUAGAGUUGAUGAUCCACGGUUUCGACAUCCACAACCGCAUGACCCGACUGCAAUCCAUGUCCAGACCGGUGUAUCAGGCGUUGAAGAGCCACUCUCCGAACAAGCCGUGCAUCGUGUUUGUGUCGGACAGGAAGCAAUGUCGAGUGGCCGCUUUAGACUUGUUAUUAAACGCGGCAUCGGACGAUACGCCUAAGCGCUUCUUGCGAGUGAAACAGGAGUCGAUUGAGCCGUAUCUGAAGACGGAUUUUGUGCAGAAGAGAGACGCUUUGGCACGAUGCUUGGCGCAUGGUGUUGGGUACAUCCACGAAGGUUUUUCUGCUCAAGAAAUCGAAUUUGUCUGCAAGUUGUACCGAGCUGGCGCAUUGCAAGUUUUGGUUGCUGCCCAAUCAUUGGCCUACGGUAUGACGGAGGUUGCGCAUCUAGUAGUAGUGAUGGACACGGUCCGUUAUGACGGCCGUGAGGGACGCUUUGUCGACUACCCAGUCGCUGACUUGCUCCAAAUGAUCGGUCGCGCUUCACGACCCAACAUCGACAACAGCGGCCUCUGCGUUUUGCUCUUGCCAGCAAGUAAGAAAGAGUACUACAAGAAGUUCGUCUUCGAGGCGUUGCCGGUAGAGAGUCAUCUCGAUCAGCGUAUGGCGGACAUUUUGAACGUCGAAAUCGUGAUGAAGAACGUCGAGAACAAGCAGGACGCGUUAGAUUGGCUCACCUGGAGCUUUUACUACAGAAGACUGGCGCAAAAUCCCAACUACUACGGCCUGCAAGGCGUUUCUCACACGCAUUUGAGUGACCAUUUGUCCGAAGUGGUGGAACAGACCGUGGACUUUCUGGAACAAGCGGGUUGCACUGCUGUCGAAGACGAGAUCAACUUGUCAGCCGCAAACUUGGGCUUAGUUGCGAGUUACUAUGCUCUGCGUUACACAACGAUUGAGGUCUUCAGCAGGUGUGUCAGUGAAGCGACCAAACGAAAGGGCAUUAUCGACAUUCUGGCAGAUGCUUCUGAAUUCGAGUACCUGCCAUUGCGACAAGGAGAAGACGAAGUGCUGAAAAAGCUGGCCUUGGACUGCGGAGUGGACUUGGGAGAUGGUAUUACUGUUUGUACUAGAAUUAUUUGAAGGUUGAUUCUUCGCUUGAAAAGUUUAUGAACGGUAGCAUGGUAUCAAUUCAUCUCUCAUGAAAUAAACAAUUCCAUUCCAAAUUCCCACUCCCAAAAACCACCACAGAUGUCCUGAAGAAAGGCGCUCGACUCAAGCCGACGAUGAAGAGCAAGAUUCUUCUCUAUGCCCACUUCCACCGAGCUCCACUGACUAUCGAUCUUGCCUUCGACCAGAAGUUCGUCCUCGAAAACGUCUUGCGCAUCGUCCAGGGUCUCGUCGAUGUCAUUUCUUCCAACAGCAAUCUGAAACAAUCCAUCAUGGCGAUGGAAGUCUCCCAGAUGAUUGUCCAGGGAACCUUGCAUAAUAACUCUCCUCUCCUGCAAUUGCCGCAUUUGACACCUGAGAUGUGCGAAGAAUUGAGGACGAAGGUGCGAGGAGAUCCAGUCGAGGAUAUCUUCGCGUUCGCCGAGAUGGAGGACGAAGAUCGAGAAAAUAUCCUAGGAGGCAAGAUAUCGGAAGCUCAGAUGGCGGAAAUCGCAAAAGCGUGCAAUCGCUAUCCGAGUGUGGAACUCAGCUACAACGUGGACAAGCCGAAUAGACUAGAAGCAGGAGGAAAAUGCAAGAUCGUAUGCAACCUGGUGCGAGAUAUGGAUGAUGGUACUUUUACGAGCUACAUUUUUAUUUGUGUAGUCAGAGUCGAUGUUGAAAUGAUCGUCUUCAUCUUUAUCAAUCUUGCUAUUGCUUUUCUCCAACCAUUCUCAUUUUUCGUCGACUAAAUGAAAUUAUUAUUCCUGCUCCAACCCGUCUAAGGGAUUCCUCCAAGGACCCUUUACCUCCUCCUCUACAACAACAACAGACGACGUCGUGACUGAUCCGGUUUAUGCUCCACGAUUUCCGAAGGAGAAGGACGAGUCCUGGUGGGCCCUGCUUGGUGAUGUGGAGAAGAAUUUCGUGGUGUGCAUCAAGCGUAUUUCCUUCACGAAGAAAGAUUUGAAGUUCAACCUCCAAUUCGAACUUGGCGAAGAGGUAGGGGCAAGAAAAUACAUGCUCUACUUGAUGUGCGACUCCUACCAGGGCAUCGAUCAAGAGCACGAAGUGGAGAUCAAUGUGCAGGAGGGAUAGGGUCACACUUCGUCAUAGUUUCAUAGGAAUAUAAUUUGAUUCUGAAGACCUAGCAAGUUCAACAUUUUUUUGUCAUCGGAGAAGUAUUCAUUCUUGUUUGAUGACCACAUAGCGAUGCGGAGGUUCAUCCGUGUAUGUAUCAAAUACGAGUGAAUACUAGGCCAAUAUUCAUCUUCCAACAUGAUUUAUCGUGGUCAUACAUACUAGUCAAAUAUAAUCGACAAAGAAGCCUCUCUGCGCGCAUAUCAUCGGACGAUAAAUUAGUGAUGCUAAGAUGCUGGCAUCUACAAGAAAUUCUCCCCAAAGAAGAUCGAGUUUCACCCCCACAACCCAAUGAAAAUGAAAAAACUACAUCAAAACAACUACACAACAAAUGAUGAAGAUGUGUCACAACGUACUUGUCCACUGAAGUGGUCUCUGAGUGGAUGCCUUAGAAUUUUGCGCAGGACGUCACAUGGAGUAGACCGCUCUUCCCAGUCGAUUGAUGAUAAGAUAGGACUCUGCUUCCUUUAAGAAAACCAAGCUGCGUUUGUGAUGUUUCUUUCCACUUUUCUCAUGCUGAAGUUGCUCUUCUGUCUGUUGGUGCGGUGAUCAUAUGUUUAUGCUACUUUCACUUUUCUCAUGCUGAAGCUGCUCUUCUGUCUGUUGGUGCGGUGAU